UUUGAGUUUCAUCCUUUAGGUUUCUCUUACUGCAUUAAUUUAAAAACAGAAAAAACAACUAAAAUAAUAUCUAAAGAUGGAAGAAAUAGUAAAGCAUGGGAAAGGUUUUCACUUGCUAUGCAUAUUCUCUAUCUUCUUCAUCCUCUUCGUAUUAUCAGCACACGUUUCGGCUGAUGUCGAUUCUCAUAUGAGAGGGGUGCCAAGUGAAGAUAAAACGACGACGUUCUGGCUAACUAAGAUUAGAAGUACUGGUAAAAAUUACUGGGCCAAACUCAGAGAGACUUUGGAUCGUGGACAGUCCCACUUCUUUCCUCCGAACACAUACUUUACAGGAAAGAAUGAUGCCCCGAUGGGAGCCGGUGAAAAUAUGAAAGAAGCGGCGACGAGGAGCUUUGAGAAUAGUAAAGCGACGGUGGAUGAAGCUGCUAGAUCAGCGGCGGAAGUUGUGAGUGACUCGGCGGGAGCGGUGAAAGAAAAAGUGAAGAGGAGCUUUUCCGGUGGAGCGACGCCGCACCCGACGGGUUCUGAAGAGCUAUAAAUUAAUACGCCUGUCGUCUUUAGGUUACGGGACCCUUUUAUUAAUGAAAAUAAUCAGUGUGUUUUGUUCUAUUGAGUAUUAAACGGCGCAGUUUUGGGGGAUGAUAUCUCCGAUCCACUCCACGUCAUAUGCUUGUCUCUCUUGUAUGCAUAAUCACAUCACAUGGUUUCUCCUUUAUACAACGACCAGAUCCCACUUGAACUUAUCCUUCUUCGUAUUUGUUCACGAAUAUAAUAAUAUUUUAAAGAUUCUACA